UUAGCUUUCAGCUGAGGGACGGGGAGAAGAGGCGGGAAGAUGAGGAGUCCGGUUCUCAGAAAAGGUUUCAGUCACUAGCUGCGGUGUUGGGAGUAAGGGCGUCAUGUUUGAGCAGCGAUUGAGCGUUUGUAGCGGUCCGUAUUUUCCAGUCCUGUAGUGGUUAUGUUGGACACUCUGAGAAAGUCAGAGGAAGGUACGUCUUAUUCUAUCCAGGAGGCAUCUAGGAAGACUUUCUAGAGAAGGUGAACUCCCUCUAGUAAACUGUGCCCUUUAGAACUUCCUUGAUAUGAGCUUGGAUUAAGAGAGCAACAGAAAAUGACCAGGUCUCAGGGAUUUGUGUCAUUCAAAGAUGUGACUGUGGACUUCACUCAGGAGGAGUGGCAGGAGCUGGACUCUGCUCAAAAAAACCUGUACAGGGAUGUGAUGCUGGAGAACUACAGCAACCUUGUUUCAGUAGGGUGUCAGUCUCUGAAUUCAGAUGUAAUCUUCUUGUUUAAGCAAGGAGAACCAUGGAUGGAGGAGGGAGAAAUGUCAAAUUGGGCCUCUUCAGACUUUGAAAUUAGACCCAAAAUGAAAGAAUUAACUCCACAGAAGAGCAUUUCUAAAGAAGUAAUACUCCAUAAUAUGAUCGUUUACUCAGUUUUUGAAGACUGGAAACUUGAAGAUGAGAUAAAUUACCAGGAAAACCAAGACAAACUUUUGAACCAAGUUGCAUUUAUUAACAAUAAGCCACUGACUGAGGAGAUCAACCAAGAAUAUAACACACUGGGGAAAGUAGUUCGUCUGAACAGAACAUCUAAUGAACACAUCAGAGCCUUCAUACAUAAGUCAUACCUCUUUGCACAACCAAAAUUUCUAACAAGUGAAAAAUAUAAAUGUAUUCAGUGUGGGAAAGCCUUCAGUGGAAAGUCAGGACUUAUUGUACAUCAGAGAAUUCAUACUGGGGAAAAACCAUACAAAUGUAAUGACUGUGAAAAAGCCUUUAUUCAGAAGUCACAGCUCACUGUACAUCAGAGAACUCAUACAGGAGAGAAACCCUAUGAAUGUAGUGAAUGUGGAAAAGCAUUCAUCCAGAAGUCAAACCUCAUUAUUCAUCAGAGGAUUCACACAGGGGAGAAACCCUAUGAAUGCAAUGAAUGUAGGAAGGCUUUCAUCAAGAAAUCAACACUUAGUGUUCAUCAAAGAGCUCAUAUGGGGGAGAAACCAUAUGAAUGUGAUGAAUGUGGAAAAGCCUUCAUCUGGCAGUCACAGCUCAUUGUACAUCAGAGAAUUCAUACUGGGGAGAAACCCCAUAGAUGUAAUGAGUGUGGAAAAGCCUUCAACAGAAAGUCCGAACUAAGUGUACAUCACAGAAUUCAUACUGGAGAGAAACCCUUUGAAUGUAAUGAAUGUAAAAAAGCCUUCAUUCAGAAGUCAGAUCUCAUUGUACAUCAGAGAACUCACACUGGGGACAAAAGAUAUCAAUGCAUUGAAUGUGGGAAAGCCUUCAUCCGGAGUUCACAAUUCAUUGAACAUCAGAGAAUUCAUACUGGGGACAAACCCUAUGAAUGCAGUGAUUGCAGAAAAGCUUUUAUCCAGAAAUCACAACUCAUUGUGCAUCAGAGAAUCCAUACUGGGACAAAACCAUAUAAAUGCACUGAGUGUGGAAAAGCCUUUAGCAAGAAGUCACACCUUACUGUACAUCAUAGAAUACAUACUGGAGAAAAACCCUAUGAAUGCAGUGUAUGUGGUAGAUCCUUCAGCCGAAACGCUAAUCUUAUUCAACAUCAAAGAGUGCAUACUGGAGAGAAACCUUAUGAAUGUAAUGAAUGUGAAAAAGCCUUUACUCGUAGGUCAUACCUUAGAAAUCAUGAGAAAACACAUACUGGAGAAAAACCCUAUUCUUGCAAUGAAUGUGGGAAGGCUUUCAGCCAUAUUUCAGCCCUUACUCAACAUCACAGAAUUCACAGUGGAAAGAGACCAUAUGCGUGUGUUGAAUGUGGGAAAACCUUCAGCCGAAGCACACAUCUUAUUGAACAUCAAGGAAUUCAUUCUGGGGAGAAAUCCUACCAGUGUAAGGAAUGUAGGAAAGUUUUUUGCCGCAGCACCUCACUAAUCCAACAUCAGAAAAUUCACACAGAAGAAAAACUGUACAAAUGUAACGAAUGUGGAAAAUCAUUCAGCCGUAACCCAGCCUUUAUUCGGCAUCAGCGAAUUCAUACUGGAGAGAAACCUUAUGAAUGUAAUGAAUGUGGAAAAGCUUUUAGUCAGAACACUAACCUUAUUCAACAUCAAAGAGUCCAUACUGGGGAGAAACCUUAUGAAUGUAAUGAAUGUGAAAAAGCCUUUAGUCAUAGGUCAUCCCUUAGAAAUCAUGAGAGAAUACAUACUGGAGAAAAACCCUAUGCUUGCAUUGAAUGUGGGAAGGCUUUCAGCCAUAUUUCAGCCCUUACUCAACAUCACAGAAUUCACACUGGAAAGAAACCAUAUGCGUGUGCUGUAUGUGGGAAAACCUUCAGCCGAAGCACACAUCUUAUUGAACAUCAAGGAAUUCAUUCUGGGGAGAAAUCUUACCAGUGUAAGGAAUGUAGGAAAGUUUUUUGCUAUAGCUCAUCGCUAAUCCGACAUCAGAGAAUUCACACAGGAGAAAAACCCUACACGUGUAAUGAAUGUGGAAAAGCCUUCAGCCAUAUGCCAGACCUCAUUCAGCAUCAGAGAAUCCAUACUGGAGAGAAACCCUAUGAAUGUAAUGAAUGUGGAAAGGCCUUUAAUCGGAGUGCACGUCUUACUGAACACCAGAGAACUCACACUGGAGAGAAACCUUAUGUUUGUAAGGAAUGUGGGAAAACUUUCAGCCGAAGUACAUACCUUACUGAACAUCAAAAAAUACAUUCUGGUGAGAAACCCUAUAAAUGUAAUGAAUGUCCAAAACGAUUUUGCUAUAGAACAUCACUAAUUCGACAUCAGAGAACUCAUACAGAAGAGGAAGUCUACCAAUGUAAUGAAUGUGGGAAAUCCUUCAGCUUAAGCUCAGCCCUUACUAAACAUAAGCAGAAACACACAGUGGAGAAACCUUAUCAGAGUAAUGAAUGUGGGAAAGCCUAGAGCCAUAGGUCAUCCCUUACCCUUGAGCACUCACAGUAGUAGAAAACUCUAAGAUUGUUAUGCAAGAAAAUUUUUAGGUAAAAUACUGAUUUACUCAGUAAUACAAUUCUUGUUGUACUGGGAAGAAACACUGUUCUUGUCAUUCAUCUGAAAAAUGUGUUAUCACUGAUAUAAAAAUUUAUAAUGGAAAUAGUCAUCUCUAAAACUGAAGUUUGUCUUUUAAAGACAUUUAGGAAAUUAAUUUUAGAGAUAAUUUAUUACCAAUGUGUAUAUUUGCUUAUAAUUAAAGCCUUUUCAGAUACACAGAAGUUUUAGAGGGAUGAUAAAAAUUGUUCAUAUGUAAUCUUUUUUAGUAGUUCUCAUUUUAUUUUCUAAUGUUAAAGUAACACGUUUUUAGAGGGUUUGAAUUUUACAUUUUGACAAGUUUAAUCAAUAGCGAUAGACAAGAAUGCUUUCCCCCACAGAGAUAAUAUGCAUUAUUUUCCAGUAUUCAUGGAAUACUUUUAAUGGACUAUAUAUAUGGGUACAAAGAAAAUUUCAACAAAUUCUCCCAAAGGGAAAUAUUCAAACCCUCCCUGUUUAUUUAUAAAUUUUUACCACAAUGAUAAAAGAAUAACAACUGAAUAUAGCACCACAAAAUUUGAAAAUAGUUUCCUAGGUAAUUUUUGUGUUAAAAAAUAAACCCAAAGAGAAAAAAAUGCAAUGAUUAGAAAAUAAUAAAACUGGAACAUAAGUAUUCAAUUUAAAAAGAUAGGAAACCAAAUAACAAUAUAAGCCCAAAUAAAAGAAAAGGAAUGCAUUAAUAAAGGUAACAUAAUAUGUUAAUAAGUUAAGUUUAAAAAGUGCAUUUGAUAAAUCAAUAUAUAAAUUCUAGCAAGUAGGAUAAUGGGGAAAAAGAGAAAACACAAUAUCUAGGAGUAAGGAAAGGAAUAUAAAUACAGAUAAAAGGGAAGUUACAUUUUCUAACUCAAUCAUUAACAAGUCAAAUCUAGCAGUUUAGUAAAAUCAAUACUGAUAUUUGUCAUUGGACUUCCAGACUAGUUCAAAAGUAGAAAUGUACAGUAAUAAAGACUAUAUAAUACUUGGUGCUGUAGAAGCAUUUGGCAACAUUCUACAGCCAUUGGUAUUGUUUUAAAGUUAGGAGUAGAGGGAAAGCUCCUUAAGUUGAUAAGGGAUAUUUACAGGAAACCUAACAAACACUGCAAAUAACUAGAAUGUUCUUAUCAGAAGCAGAAAUGAGACAAAUGAUGUUUAAUGUCACCACUCUUAGCAUUGUUCUACAGGUCUCAGAUAAUUCAACAAGAGAAAAAAAUCUGAACCAGUAAUAUUUGAAAGGAAGAGAAAAAAUCCUGACAUCACUUGAGAUGAUAUAUUUGAUAACCAGAAAAUGCAGCUAGCAGAGCUACUAAAGUGGAUAUGUAUAUACUGUCAACAAUGCCAAAUAAAAAGCUUUCUUAAAAGAAAUAGAAAAUGUAAUGGAAAAGAGUGACAGUCACAGUAUUGACCAAAAAAUCUAAAAAUGCCAAGAAUAAAAAAAAAAAUUCCAAGAGAUUAUUAUAGGAUAAAUUUGUCUUUAAAGAACAGAGAAUAUUAUAAUAAAUGAAGAGACAUGAUUGGAAAAAUAGUAUAAAGAUGUCAGUUUGUUUUAAACUUAUGUUUGAUUUGCAAGCUUAAAUCAAAAGCUCAAUAGAGUUUUAAAAAACAGCUUUAUUGAGAUAUAAUUCUCAUACCACAUAAUUCAAUCUUUCAAAGUACAAUUCAGGUAUUAGCAUAUUCACAGUUUUGUGACCACCACCACUAUCUAAUUUCAGAACAUUUUCAUUAUAUCAAGAAACCCAUACCUAUUAGCAGUGACUCUCCAUUGACCUCCUUCCAGCCCCUGGAACCACUCACCUACUUUCUCUUUCUGAGGAUUUGCCUAUCCUGAUUUUUUUAUUUCAAUAAAAUCACAGAAUAUGUACCUUUUUGUGUCUGACUUUCAGUUAGCAUCAUGUUUUCAAGGUUUGUCCAUGUUGUGGCACACAUCACUACUUCAUUUCUCUUUAUGGCUAAAUAACAUUUCAUUGUAUGGUUAGACCACAUUUUUUAAUCCAUUUAUCAAUUGAUGGAUAUUUGUAUUGUUUCCACUUUUUGGUUAUUGUGAAUAAUGCUGCUACAAACGUCCACAUGUAAAUUUUUGUGUGGUCAUGUUUUCAGUUCACUUGUGCAAAUAUACUAGGGAGUGAAAUUGUUGAGUCCUAUGUUAACUCUAUGUUUAGCCUUUUGAGGAAAUGCCAGACUAUUUUCUGAAGCAGCUAUACCAGUUUUCAAUCCCAUCAGC